UGAUUUGUGAACAAAACUCGUGUGCAGUAAUUGGGAGUCAUUCGCAAAGGACGUGACAAAUGGCGACAACACUCUUGAGAUUUGCGUCGCGAGCUUUGCGUCCAAAACCAGAAUUUCGGCGCUUUUCGGCCGCCGUUUCGGUGCCAGACGUCAGACGUAAUAAUCAGACGGAACUGAAGAAUGGAUUGCGAGUGGCCACUGAAGAUACAGGCGGUGCAACUGUUGGCGUGAAUGUGACAAUAGACGUUGGUUCGCGUCACGAGACGGAAGACACUUCGGGAACGACUGCUCUUUGGUUGCAUUCAAUGUUAGACAAAGCGAAUGCACAGAGAUUGGCGUCAAUUGGGGCUCAGCUUACGGGUCAGGUUGGACGUGAUAAGACAUGGCUUUCAGUCCACUGUUUAUCAGCCGAUCUUAAGGCCGCUGUCGAGGUUUUGGGCCAAUUAGUGACCAACACUGACUUCGGACUAAUUGACCAAAGUCGGCAACGAUUGCUACAACGCAUGCGUGACGAAGAUGGCGACGGAGAAGUGGUUGCAAUGAAUUCUCUGUAUUCAAUGGCGUUUCAAAACACAGGUCUUUCUCUUCCAGCCGUCGGUCGUUCACAUGUUGUGGACACUCUUACACGUGAUCAUCUGCUGAAUCACGUCAGUGCACACGUAAAGGGACCGCGAGUCGUGGUUUCAGCGGUCGGAGACGUCGAUCAUAAUGAAUGUGUUCGCGCCGUUGAACAACACUUCGGUUCAGUGACGGCCACUUAUGACAGGACGCAAGUGCCGAUUCAUCCCCGCAGUCGAUACACCGGUUCAGACAUUCGGAUUCGAGACGACGCCAUGCCUUUAGCUCAUAUUGCUAUAGCCGUCGAGGGAUCGCCGAUUACGGCAACCAAUGAUCGCAUUGCUUUGGAAUUGUCCGCAGCUCUUUUGGGACAAUGGGAUCGCAGUUUCGGCGGUGGAACUGAUGUUUCGUCGUAUUUGGCGUUGUGUUCUUCGGCCGAUCAUUUGACGCAUUCUUUCCGCGCUUUUAGUCACUCAUUUGCGGACACAGGACUCUUCGGCUGUUAUUUAGUUGUCGAACGAAUGAAACAAGAAGACGUUAUUUGGCAUUUACUCUACGAAUGGAAACGCUUUUGUCAGGAAAUCACGGAAAACGAAUUGAUUCGCGCAAAGAAUACCAUUCUAACGCAAAACGCACGUCAAGAACAACAUCCAGUCGUUUGCGCGCGAAAUGUCGGCUCUCAAGUCCUGGCUUUCGGACGUCGCGUCCCAUUCGGCGAAUGGCGUGAUCACGUGCUCGCAGUGGACGCUCGUAAGGUGCGGGACGUGUUGACGGAACACGUGUGGGACAGAUGUCCAGUUGUGGCGGGAUUCGGUCCAAUCGAACAAUUGGAAGAUUACGAAGUAUUGCGCGGAAAGUUUUAUUGGUUUAGAUAUUAGUCUUAUUUGAGAUCAAUAAAAGUCUUUUAGCUUUAAAAACGCUUUCUUCGCUCGUC